GUAGCCCGGCAUACCUGGACAGCACUGAGCCGGAUCUACACGGGCGGGACAAGCUACGCCGGGGAGGGUGGAGCUGGCGCGGGGAGAGAGGGUACUUAGUCCCCGUGCCCCUGGCUAGAAUGGAGCAGGCGUCCUCUUCCCAUCCUCUUUCCCCUCCCGGCCCCUCGGUGGGACACGGGUACACUGUGGCAUCUGGAAGUCACUUUCUGACCUCUUGUUCUCGGACCCGCGCAAGGAGUGUGAGCUUAGAAAUCGCGGUUGCCUGCGGGCGCGGAAGAUAGGAGGCGAACGGUUACCUCGGUGUCUUGGGAGCCAAGGAAUUACACUUCGUAAGGCCACAGCCCAAGGGAGAGCCGUUGGGACCCCCUGUUAGAGCGCCGGCAAAGAAGCCGGCUCUGGGGCAGAGAAUGACUGCCUUGGGGCAAUUGCAGACAGACUGGCCUGUCUGGGGUCCCGGCUGUCGCUGCUCUGCUUCUCGCCUUGUUCUGCGGGCUGCAGGUCUAUUACAAAAACAGACUGUUUGAAAAGCCUGCCGGGACAUGUCCUCGUCGCCAGAUGUCUGGGGUGUGGUAGAAACUUGGCCACAGAGCGAUAGCCCCUGGGAUCGAGUGCAGGAUGUCCCCAGGACUCAGCGCUGCGGCAAAUCCAGACUUCCGGUGAUUCUAAACGCUCCAUCCUGUCCAGUGAUAUCUCGUCCUGAUAAACUGGCAACUCCUCUGACCACAACAGAGAAAAAUCAGAGGAAACCUCAUUGGUGUCCAAGGCCUAGAAGAUUGCCCCAUCACAAAGGGAAGCCUGGAACUGUUUUGAAAUGCUUAGAAACUUGUUUCGGAAGAGACUUUUUUCUUAUCCUACAAAAUACUACCUCAUGGGUCUUGUUCUCUCUCUAAUAACCUUCUCUGUUUUAAGAAUUCAUCAGAAGCUUGAAUUUGUUAGUGUCAGACACUUGGAACUUUCUGGAGAUGGUCAUACCAGCAACAUUAAUUGCACUAAAGUUUUAGAGGGUGACCCAGAUGAAAUCCAAAAGGCGAAGCUGGAGAUAAUAACAGUGCAAUUCAGGAAGCGCCCAAGGUGGACCCCACAUGACUAUAUAAACAUGACGCAUAACUGCGCCUCUUUCAUCAAGACUCGCAAAUAUAUUGUGGAGCCCCUUAGUAAAGAAGAGGCAGGCUUUCCAAUUGCAUAUUCCAUCGUGGUUCACCAUAAGAUUGAAAUGCUUGACAGGCUCCUGAGGGCCAUCUACAUGCCCCAGAAUUUCUACUGCAUCCAUGUGGACAAGAAAGCAGAGGAAUCCUUUUUAGCCGCAGUGGCGGGCAUUGCGUCCUGCUUCGAUAAUGUCUUUGUGGCCAGCCAGUUGGAGAAUGUUGUUUAUGCCUCCUGGAGUCGGGUUCAGGCCGACCUCAACUGCAUGAAGGACCUGUACAGAAUGAAUGCAAACUGGAAGUACUUGAUUAAUCUCUGUGGUAUGGAUUUCCCUAUUAAAACCAACCUGGAAAUUGUCAGGAAGCUCAAGUCGUUCAUAGGUGAAAACAACCUGGAAACUGAGAAGAUGCCUCCCAACAAGGAAGAAAGAUGGAAAAAGCGGCACACCAUUGUUGAUGGGAAGCUGACUAACACUGGGGUAGCCAAAGCGCAGCCUCCACUCAAAACUCCUCUUUUUUCAGGCAGCGCCUACUUUGUGGUCAGUAGGGAAUAUGUAGGCCAUGUGCUAGAAAAUGAAAAUAUCCAAAAGUUCAUGGAAUGGGCGCAGGACACAUACAGCCCAGACGAGUUCCUUUGGGCCACUAUCCAGCGGAUCCCUGAAGUCCCUGGUUCUCGCCCCUCCAGCAAUAAGUAUGACUUGUCUGACAUGAAUGCCAUCGCGAGGUUUGUCAAGUGGCAGUACUUCGAAGGCGACGUUUCCAGAGGCGCUCCUUACCCCCCGUGCAAUGGAGUGCACGUGCGCUCCGUGUGCGUCUUCGGAGCGGGGGACUUGAGAUGGAUGCUGCGCAAGCACCACCUUUUUGCCAACAAGUUCGACAUGGACGUCGACCCCUUCGCCAUCCAGUGUCUGGAUGAGCAUCUGAGGCAUAAAGCCCUGGAGAACUUAGAGCACUAACCGCUGGCGGCCGUCCUGGGGGUGAGAGGGGUGCGCGAACUGCGCCCUCAUCUGCUUCCCUUGGUUCAUAUGGGGUCCUUUGGGAUGGUGGUUUUUAAGUCUCUGUGACAGGGAAGCUGCUCGAAUUCUGGAGAAUACAGUUACACGAAAGGUUGAUGCACUAAGUGUUCUAGAGUAACUUCGAGGACAGAUUUAAGAUGGCUGGAGGCUGGGCAAGAUUUUUAUGGACAGAUGAGACCCAGGAGACUGGAAAAGAGGCCAGUGGGGGGGAAAAAUCAGCCUCCUAGACUAAUCAAAGAACCCAGGUACUUAAUCUCAACAAAAUUUGAUUUGUGCCAAAAUUCUCUUGAGAAUUUUAAACAUGAUCAUUUUCUUGACAUGAAUAAAUUUGUAGCAAUGACCAAUCACAAACAUAUGAUUUAUCCUGUAUAUUUUUUGGAAUAGACGUUUGGUUUUACUCUAAGUUAUCCUUGUAAAUAAUUUACUUCCUGCUGUGAUUUGUGGGGGUGAUGUGUCUCUGUGUGUCAUCUCAGGGAGCUUCAAAUAUGUUCAGCAUAGAUAUCUCUGUCUGAAUUUUUGCUUAACUAUGCAUACAUGUAUUCACAAGCAAUGGGGCGGGAUUGGAAAGGACAGUUUCGAGUUCACCAGUUUCUAUGAAUUCGCUUUUAAGUUAGAAAAUUCUAGGAAGCAGCUGGGUGUGUGUGGCCUCUGCCUAUUAAGCAGGAGGUUUGUCCAAGCUCAGGUGAUUAGCAGCCAGGCUGGGGAAAAUAAUAAGAACUCAUGUCUUUUUUAAAAGGGGAAAGAAAUCAACUCAAAUUUUCCAUAAAUAAAUAUAUAUAUACAUACAUACAUAUAUAUAUAUUUCUUUAUCUUGUCUUCCUAGACUGUGAAUGUUGUACAGUGGCAUACAUACAUGUUGCUGUUUUAGGAUCCUAUGUCUGUGUUUUGGGUCUUUGGUAUGACCCAGUCUCCAGUAACUAAUGCAGAAAACUAGGGAGGGUAAAGUAGGCAUUCGAGGGAAGAAGAGACCCAUGGAGGCCAUUGCUAAGGCCCUGGUACAUGUUUAAAGCCAGCAAUUGGCUCUGUCCCAAGAAAUUAAGGUGCCUGCCUACUGGAUCCGCCUUGUCUCAGGUGGCGACAUCCUGAUCUUGAAUAUUCGUGUUGUCCGUCCACUGGCAUUCUUAGCCCACUAGUUGCUAAUGUCUUUCUUCCUCUCUCUCUGCCCUUGUUGAGAGCCUUGUGUCCACAUGUGUGAAUGUCUGGGAAGGAGCUGUGCUAUUGCAGUUUGUUUUCCCAAAAGACAAAUAACUUAGGGUUUCUGUAGUUCUGGUUCUCAUCCCAAAUGAAGGUUUUUGUUUGUUUGUUUUCUGCUAAUAUUUAGCUAAAUCUAAACUGUUCAGCCAGAAUUCUAAUGAAUGUGAAACCUUGUCAUUUGAUUUUUAACAAAAAUCAACACCAUGUACUUUUAUUUUUAAAACAUAACCAACGUUAACAGUCCGUGAGAAAGUAUGUUUUCUGCCUCAAAGGUAGAAAGUGUUUUUCUUUUAAUGACAGUCCCUGUCAUUAAAAACGUCAGGGAUCAAUGGCUAAGCUGGUUUUGUGGUAGACCAAGAGAAAUGUGUUUGCUGCGGAACGCCACAAUGAUGGUGAUGCAGCCUCGGGUCUUGUGUCCUCUAUACUGGCUACAGGUUUCUUUAGUUUGCACCGAGGAUUUGUCAGAUGCUUCUCUCAGUAGAAAGGCUUUUAUGUCUGACACAGGGCAUCUUUUAAAUCUCAAACCAGUGAUACCUGGUGACCUAUAAUUUGUGUACACAGCUGUGACUUAAGCAGUUUUUCUUUUUCCAUUUUGAAAACACAAGGGUUGAAGCAAUAGUCCAGUGAUUCAGCAAGCAACCCGGACCUGGGUUGUUACCAGAAUUAACACAUCCAGCACCAUUUGCUUCAUAUUGGAAGAACUCUUUAUUUUUCCAUGUUUGGUUUUUGGUUUUGCAAAACAGGGAUUGUCUGUGUAGCUUUGGCUCUCCUGGGCUUGAUUCAUAGACACGGCUGGCUUCCAAGCUCACAGAGAUCCGCCUGUCUCUGCCUCCUCGAGUCCUGGGAUCACAGGCAAGCACCACCAGGCCCAGCUUUGGAUGAACUCAUAAACUUUGCAAAACUGGAAAUUAAGUUAUUUUAAAAUUACAAGUAUUUUUUUUUAAAUCAAGUAUUUGAUGUUAUUCAUCUAAACGUUGCUAUUCUUGCAGUGGGACUGCAUUUAGUUUACAGUUAGAUAGAAAGUUUGAGGGAUUUUUUUUCCCCCACUACAGGGGUAAAACCAGGAUUGCGGGCUCCCCGAGGCCCACGUUAACGUGCCAUGAAGCUUCCGCACCCGUGAUGGCUCGCCUUGCCAACAUUGCACUUGUUGGACUGUGUCUGAUGCUGUAGCAUCCCCGUGCCUGAUGCCGGGGCUCAUGCAGUGUCUGUUUAUUGGGACUCGGUGUGUUUUGUUUUUUAACUUUUCCAUCUGACUUAAAUCCAUACAGUGGGAUAAACAAUUUGAAGAACUGAAAAGGGAACUUGGAAAUGAAACCAUAAAAUAGUGCAGAAUUGCAGUUACAAUUGCAGUUCACUGGGAGAGAGACAGGCUUUUUUGAGUUAAAUUCGUAUUUGUUAUUAUACACUAAUUUUAAUGCUAUCAUAUAGGUCUUUUUAUAGAAAACUUUUACUUUGUAAUCACGUCCACAAAACGAAAUCAGAUUCUAGUGAUUAAGUCAAUCAAGACUUACGUAUCAUUUGUUAAAUAAGUUAAUUUAAAAAGAUUCUUCCAUUGUAUAGGCAAUUGCCUAGGUUCUGCCAAGGCCAACGUUAAAAAAACAACCAACCAACCAAACAAACAAACAAAAAAACCUUUCACCUUGAAAACCAGGAACAUGAUUAUCUCUAAACAAGUGUUUGUUGUCACUCAUCUAAUAGAGUUUAUUUAAGAAUUUAUUUCCUCUCCCCAUGAUUUUGUGUGGAAGAAGUUGUUUUAGUAAUUCAUAGGUAGGAUGGGUACAAAUGGAUGUUUUUUGUUGCUUUAAUAAUUACUGUCAUUAUGAAGUGUGAAAUGCAAAACUGUUGAUGGUAAGCUCUACUCUUUUGAAUAAAUCAGUUCUAUCAGCAUUAAAGUCUGUCAUUCAGAAACCAA